AUGGAGCUACAACAGGAUGCAUUAGACGAUGUUUUCCGUCGUCAUAAACAGUACUUUCAAGAAUUCUUAAGCAAUGACGGCAAUUAUGGCAAUUAUUCGGAAAAAUUGCGGAGUAUGAUGCAUCAAAAAUGUACCCGAUUGGUCAUUGAUCUCAAUGAUUUACGUGAAUACGACAGCUCUUUCACGGAUCCAGCAGUGGAUAGCAAUCAGGACAAUAUUGUCAAUAGAUUAUUACACAAUCCAGCAGAAUUUGUACCACCAUUUGAAGAUGCAGUCAAAGAAAUGGUCUUUAAUAUGGACAGUCUUUAUGGCAGUAAAGAAGCUGAAGCUACAAAGGAGAUACAAUUUCACGUGGGAUUUGAGGGAGAUUUUGGGCAUCAUAAUGUCAAUCCUAGAGGCCUUUUAGCUUCCUAUCUCACCCAAAUGGUGUGUGUACAUGGAAUUGUCACCAAAUGCUCAGCAGUACGACCAAAAGUUGUACGUUCGGUGCAUUACUGCAAAGAGACCAAUGCUAUUUUAUCCAGAGAGUACAGAGAUAAUACGUGCAUUAGAGGUAUUCCAACGUCAAGUGUCUAUCCGACCAAAGAUGAAAAUGGCAAUCUACUGGAAACGGAAUUUGGACUUUCGAAGUAUAAAGACUACCAGGUGAUUAGUAUGCAGGAAACACCAGAGACAGCACCGCUUGGACAACUUCCAAGGUCGUGUGAGAUUAUUGUAGAGAAUGAUAUUGUGGACAAGUGCAAGCCCGGCGAUCGUGUUCGUGUGGUCGGUAUCUAUCGCCCGCUUGGUGGAAAUAACACAGCUUCUACUACAGCAGUUUUUAGAACGGUUCUUAUUGCUAACAACGUUCAACUAAUGGGAAAAGAAGUGAACGGCAUUGUCAUGUCGCGUGACGACCUGGUGAAUGUCCGUGAGUUUGCAAAACGACAGGAUGCUUUUGACAUGCUGUCACGAUCGAUAGCGCCGUCUAUCUAUGGCCAUGGCGAGAUUAAGCAAGCGCUGCUGCUUCAGUUACUAGGUGGUGUGGAGAAAAACCUGGAGAACGGCACACAUCUUCGUGGUGACGUUAACAUUUUGAUGGUGGGUGAUCCAUCGACAGCCAAGUCUCAGCUGUUGCGUUUUGUCCGGACGAUCGCGCCUCUGGCCGUCAACACUACAGGUCGUGGUUCGUCUGGUGUUGGUUUGACCGCCGCUGUCACGAUUGAUCCUGACACAAAGGAACGCCGACUCGAAGCCGGUGCCAUGGUGCUCGCUGACCGAGGCAUCGUAUGCAUUGAUGAAUUUGACAAGAUGAGCGAAGCGGAUCGUGUGGCUAUUCACGAAGUCAUGGAGCAACAGACGGUGACAAUCGCGAAGGCUGGCAUCCAUGCCACCCUGAAUGCUCGCUGCAGUGUUCUGGCUGCGGCUAACCCCGUGUAUGGACAGUACAACAAAAACAAGAAGCCACAGGAAAACAUCGGUCUACCGGAUUCGCUUCUAUCCCGUUUUGACUUGCUUUUCGUGGUACUUGAUCGCCUAGACCGUGGUACCGACCGCAACAUUUCGGACCACGUCCUGCGUAUGCAUCGGUAUACUCGGCCGGGCCAGGAAGGCAUACCCCUCUCGUUCGAAGUGAGCUCUACAGACCAAAUGACAUUGUUCAGCGAAUCCACGGGUGAUCGAUCCGACCCGUCUAAAAACUCCAUUUUCCAGAAGUUCGACCCGCUGCUUCACGGUGAAUACCAGUCUUCAUCGUACGCCGGUAGUGGCAACGGUAUCCUCAAAUUAGACUUCCUCAAAAAGUACAUUUAUUACGCGAAGAUGCGUUACCAGCCUGUGCUAACAGAUAGCGCCAUCGAGUUGAUCUCCGAAGGAUACGCAGAGCUUCGUUCUCAGCAGAACGCGCGGACUUUGCCUGUGACGGCGCGUAGUUUGGAAACAUUGAUUCGUCUCGCGUCGGCCCACGCGAAGGCACGUCUGAGCAAAACGAUCGAUGCAGUGGACGCUGAAAAGGCCAUGUCUCUCAUUAGUUUCGCUCUGUACCAUGAGGCGUCGGAGCCCCACUCGGACGAUGCUUCCGUACCUGCAAGAGCAAAGGAGACCCGAGAACUGGAGAUGGGUAGCGAGAAGGCGAUGGCAGAAAUGGAGAUUGAGACCCCUGUGACCCCGGAGAAGCCUACCACUAGCGAUAAAUCAAGGAAACGAGACCGAGCAGCAUGGAGUUCUGCUACUCUCGCUGACGAUGUUCUGGGGGUGUUAUCAGAGUUGGGUAGUGACGUUAACAUGGACGAUGCCAACGACAAUAUCACGCUGACGAGUAUCCUGUCAAAACUAAAUGAGCGUCGCUCUAGAAGCGACGUAGUGCCUCGUACCGAAUUAGAAAAGGUCCUGGUGGAUCUGGAAGAGCAGAACAAGGUUAUGUACAUCCAGGACGGCGAUGACCCAAUGGUGAUGCUCAUUUAA